AACAUAUAUGCAUGAUUAUAACUAACAUGCGCAUUUUUCAAGUAUAGCCUGGUUUUGACGUUUUCACCACUUGGGAAAAGUGUGAAUCCAUAACAGGUGUGGACAUUAAGGAGUCACUAUGGGUGAGAGAAAAGGAACAAACAAAUACUACCCUCCAGAUUUUGACCCGGCCAAGCAUGGGUCACUCAAUGGCUACCAUAAAACUCAUGCUCUCAGGGAGAGGGCCAGGAAACUGUCCCAGGGCAUCCUCAUUAUCAGGUUUGAGAUGCCCUACAACAUCUGGUGUGAUGGCUGCAAAAAUCACAUCGGCAUGGGCGUCCGUUACAAUGCAGAGAAGAAGAAAGUGGGGAACUACUACACCACGCCAAUCUACAGGUUCAGGAUGAAGUGCCACCUGUGUGUCAACUACAUUGAGAUGCAGACAGAUCCGGCGACCUGCGACUACGUGAUAGUGAGCGGGGCACGCCGGAAAGAGGAGCGGUGGGACAUGGCUGAAAAUGAGCAGAUCCUCACCACAGAGCGGAACGAGAAGGAGAAGCUGGAGACAGACGCCAUGUACAAGCUGGACCAUGGUGGGAAAGACAAGGAGAAGCUUAGAAAGGCUCUGCCCUCUCUGUCGGAGAUCCAGGACCACCAGUCUGGCUGGAAGGACGACUUCCAGCUCAACAGCACCCUCCGCAGGAAGUUCAGGACGGAGAAGAAGGUUCAGUCUGAGCAGGAGGAGAAGGACAACGCAGUGAGGAUGAGGACGAACCUGUCCAUCCCUCUGCUGCCAGAGAAGGAAGAGGAUAAGAAACUGGCAGCACUACUCACCUACCAGGCACCUGACUCCUACGAGGACAAGAAGCACAGCAAGCGGAGAGAGAUCUCCUCUCGUUCAUGGUUCAACUCCACCUCGGCUACACCGGGCGGCGCCGCAGGCAGCCUGCUCCAUAAGCUGGGCCUGCAGGGGAAAGAAGCGGCGGUGGCCAAAGCCCUCAGCUCCUCACACAGCCCGCUGAUCCGCAAACGCACGGGAGGACUCGGAGCCAAAACCGAACCCUGCGCCACCAUCACCCGCAGAAAGUCCGACCCCGGAGUCAGCAGGUGUGACGGAGAGGUUUCAAAGGUCGCUAAGACGAAGGAAGGCUCAAAUACAGCGGUUAGACCAACAGGAGCGGGUCAGGAAGUAUCAGAGACAAACGACAGUGUUAAAACCACAGAGGAAGUGGAUAAGGGACCUGUAAAGGCAGAGGACUUUGAGAAGGAGCGGGACAGAAGCAGAGGAGCAGUCAUGUCCCUGGUGGCAGAUUACAGCGACUCGGAUUCAGACCCUGGACAAUGAGGCUGUUCUCCACACAAGAGUUUAAUGGGACAGUUUCUGUUUUCAGUGGAUGGAGGCCAUUAAGUCCAUGUGUCAUUUUGUGAGAAUGAAACACAAGCGGGAGAUGUUCAUCACAGCUGCGCCUGUUAUAACCUGCCACUUUUCACUUGUCGAAAAAACAGUGGUGGUCAUAUGGACGUGUUCUAACAAAACUCUGUAACCAGAUUUUAAUUUGAAGCCGCAGGUCACCGUGUGUCAUGUGACGACACGGUGACUUCAGUUCAAGUAUUGUAUUGGAUCCAUGUGAAAACACUUUAUUGAAAUUCUGUUUUCUGGUGAGAAAACUUGAGAAACUUUGGAAAAUUAAAUGUAAAAUACUGUUAAAUUGUGUUUUAUUUCUUGUUAUGUACCUUGUGUUUUUGGGUCAGUAAUCGUUCCACUAUCUUAUAACCUCCAGUGGUGAAUGGCAGGGUUCGCAUUCAGACCAGGAAUCAAAGAAGCUGCCAUUUUUAGACUGACUGUCAGAAAUCAUUCAGUAAGAAAAUCCAUAAUGAGUAUCACCAGUUGUUUUGAGUAAUGACUUCAGGAAUCACAGGAACAGUAUCCUUCUGUUUUAAAUCACUGGGGUGUAAGAUUUAGCGAGAUCCCCCUGAAUCCUACACACCGGUCCUUUUUAAGCAAAUUUCUCAUUGUCAUUGCUUUUAUUCGAUUUCAUGCCGUUUGUUUUGUAGUGUAGUAACGUAGGCACACUAAAAGAAAGUGUUUACACUAAAAAAGUAAAUUCCUGCAGUUACAUUUAUGUUUUUACCAAGAAUCAUGUUUCAGUAAACUGUUGGUUUAUGCUUUUUUGCCACAAAGCUUUGUUGUUUGUUGUGCAGACGCCACUGAGACCUUUGGACAUUUGUUCACAGAGCAAUUCUUUAAACACUUUUAAGCCGGACUUGAUAUGGAUUUUCAAAGACAGCAGCUCAAAUCUCCACUGAAAAUCUGACUGCACAGCGUUUUUAUUUAAGUUUUGAAAUGGCCUUUAAUGCACAGUGUGUAUUUUUAUUUUAUUUUUUUUCUUUGUGAUGGUGACAGCUCAUAGUUUUGGGUAAAAAUUCAAGUGUGACUGAAAAAAUGUAACACGCUGAUACCUGACUUUAAAAAAAGACUGCAAACCCAGUGGUGGAGAAUGUAAUGCUACUUUCAUGGUAAAA